UAUAGCUCACCAGGAGCUCACCUACUGUAAAACACAGAGGGCAUAAAAAAUGUAAAUUCUGUGGCGGAUCAGAGACAGAGGUACCUGGCAAUCUGAACGAUAUUAAAUAAUCUGUGUCUCUGUGAUACUAUGAUAGUACCAGAAAAUAUGGAAGCGAAAAUAUCAGAUCAUGCAAUGCAAUGUCGCUUAAAUAAAAUUACUGAAAUUUCUGAUGUACUUAAUGAGUGUAACAAAAUAAUAGAUAACCUUUCAGAAAGACUGCAUUGGGACAAAAAGCAUCUACUUUCCCAGAACAUAACAAGAGCACAGUGCCCAUUUAAUACUCAUCAUGUGGUUAAAGUGGGUGAUUUGGACCAACACAAACACAAAUGUUAUUUAAAGAAGAUAGGUUUUACUCCAUUUGAGAGUUCAUCUGCAUUCUAUAGUAAUGACAAAUCUUUAGUUGUUUCAAUUACUGCUGAUGAUAUGACAGACAGCAAUCAGAAAAAUUUUGCUAUACCUUCUGAUUUACAUGAAUAUAUGUAUACUCCUGAAGAACGAUUAAACCAGUAUAAUGCUGAUAUUAAGAUAACAAGUUUAAAAAGAAAAGCAGAAAGAGACCAAUUUGAAUCGGAUUUAAGUGAAUCAACACAGGAUUCUAAGGAAAUGACAGCAGAUAAUCAAAAGUCAGAAUUGGAGUUAUUGGCAGAACAGAGAGAUUAUAAGCGCAGGCGACAAUCUUAUCGUGCAAAGAAUGUUCACAUUACAAAACGAACUCCAAUUGAGAUCACCCGUGAGAUAAUUAAUAACAGAAUGCAAGAGCUGGAGAACAUGUACCAGGAAACAAGUGAAACCUGAUUUCCACAUUGCUACCAAAAGGAUAAUAAUAGAGAGCAACAUGAUGUUCUUUAAUUAGUGGUAAUGGUAUCAUUUUUUUUAAUAUUCAUACUAC